UUACGUUACGUUGACGACACAUUCACCGCCGUACACAAAGACGGAAUCGACGACUUUCACGAACACCUUAACAGACAGAACGCGGACAUACAGUUCACCAAGGAGAUCGAAGAAAAUGGUAAGAUACCUUUUCUAGACUGCUUAGUCACUCGCGACAACAACAAACUGAAAACGACCUAUUUACAGAAAACCGACACAUACCGACCGAUUACUAGACCAGUCCUCAUACAACCCGACCUCUCACAAGGCUACUACUAUCCGGACUCUGACGAGACGAGCGCAACUAGUUUGCGACUCACCUGACAGCCUACAAGACGAGACUGAUUAUCUUAACAACGUUUUUAGUAAGAACAAUUACAACACGGAUUUUGUUAGACGGAACACUCACAGUAACACUGAUUCCAACUCUCAGACCAACUCUGGCCCUGUUACGACAGCGACUAUACCGUACAUCAGAGGCACCUCUGAAACUAUUGCACGUAUAUUACGACCUUACAAUAUACGUGUUGCACACAAACCUAUAACCACUUUACGGCGACUGCUUACUAAUGUCAAGGACAAAGACAAACCGGAGGACAGACAGGAAGCAGUAUUCAAAUGCUGCGACUGC